UCUAUUCAGAUGGAUCAAGGCCAAAAAUGUAAUAGUCGUCCAGGGCUGCGCGGCCCACUCCGUUGCCAAAAAAUGUAUACUUCUAUCUUUGUUCUCUUUAUUUUACGUUAUCUCCUCCAUUUGUUUUCCUUCAUUUGAGUCUGACUUUAAGAAUUUCUUUCACAUAGAGUAAAUAGUCUUCAUAAUAAGCAAUUAAAACAAAUUUAUUUAUUUUCAGAUUAUUUAUGUUAUGUAAAUCUUUUUUAUUUAAUUUAUUUAAACAACAAUUAUUAACUAAAAACCAAAAAUGUUGUUCAAGAUUAAUGUCUUAUUAUCCAGUAAAUGACCAAGUUUUUGGGUUAAAUGAAGAACAGAGACAAUUGAGGGAAACUGUCUCAAAAAUUUCUCAGAAGGAAUUGGCACCUUUUGCUAGUGAAAUUGAUAAAAUGAAUGGAUGGGACAAAUUGAGAGAUUUCUGGACUAUUUUGGGACAAAACGGACUUUUGGGAAUUACUGUUCCAACAGAAUAUGGAGGUUCUGAUUUGGGUUAUAUGGAACACGUUAUUGUGAUGGAGGAGCUUUCCCGUGCUUGUGGCGCUAUAGCCUUAAGUUAUGGUGCCCACUCUAAUUUGUGUGUUAAUCAGAUUCGUAGACAUGGUUCUAAUGAACAAAAGUCUAAAUAUUUACCCCCUUUAUGUUCUGGCGAAUGGAUUGGGGCUUUGGCAAUGAGUGAACAUGGAGCUGGUUCUGAUAUAGUUUCCAUGAAAUUAACUGCACGUAAAACUGGCGAUGGAAAAUAUUUUUUGUUAAAUGGGUCAAAAAUGUGGAUUACUAAUGGACCUGAUGCUGAUGUUUUGGUUGUUUAUGCUAAGACAAACCCAGAAAAACAUCAACACGGCAUUAGUGCUUUUAUUAUCCAAAGAGAUUUUCCUGGCUUUUCGACGGGUAGAAAACUCGAUAAACUUGGAAUGCGGGGAUCUAAUACUUGUGAAUUAAUUUUUGAUAAUUGUGAAGUACCUGUAGAAAAUGUUCUUGGAAUUGAAGAUAAAGGUGUUUAUGUAUUGAUGUCUGGUUUAGAUUCUGAACGUUUAGUUUUAUCAGCUGGACCUUUGGGAUUAAUGCAAUCUGCUUGUGAUGUUGCUUUUGAAUAUGCCCAUUCUAGAAUGGCUUUUAGCAGUCCUAUUGGGACUUUUCAAUUAAUGCAAGGUAAAUUGGCAGAUAUGUAUGUUAGAUUAAAUGCCUGUAGAGCUUAUUUAUAUACAAUAGCUAGAAAUGCUACUGACAAAACAUUGACGGCUAAGGACUCUGCCGGGGUAAUUUUAUAUUUGGCUGAAAAUGCAACCCAAACAUGUUUAGAUGCAAUUCAAGUUUUGGGGGGUAAUGGAUAUAUUAAUGAUUAUUCAACUGGGAGAUUACUUAGAGACGCAAAAUUGUAUGAAAUUGGGGCUGGAACUUCUGAAGUUAGAAGAUUAGUUAUUGGGAGAGCUUUAAAUAAAGAAUAUAUUAAAUGA